CUUGUGUUUACAGGGAUUCCUGUCACAGUGAUUAAAAGCUUUGCUUUUUAAAUUGAAGAACACACAUCAAUUACCACAUAGAUGGCACCUACUUUUGUUGCAAUGGCUCAUUGGUUUAAUGUGCGACAUUUUGAUUAAUAUCCAAUUUUUCAUCUGUUAACCAGCAACUCCAUUGGUAAGCAAAUUCGUAGUAUAUUCAUACAGCUUCGACAGGCACAAACUCAAGGGAAGGGAUGGAGAUGAACAGAACUGGCAGCUAUCAUCUCUCUGCUCAGUCCUUCAGUAUCUCUGACAUUAUAGUCAUCGUGGCAUAUUUUGUGCUGAACGUAUUUGUUGGAAUAUGGUCCACAUGCAGAGUAAGCAGGAACACACUCAGUGGAUACUUUCUUGCAGGCAGGAAUAUGGCGUGGUGGCCUAUUGGGGCAUCGCUAUUUGCCAGCAGUGAAGGUUCCGGACUGUUCAUUGGCCUGGCUGGCACUGGCGCAGCUGGAGGAAUUGCUGUUGCUGGAUUUGAGUGGAAUGCCACCUAUGUGCUUUUGAUGCUGGCUUGGAUAUUUGUCCCUGUCUACAUAUCAUCUGGAAUAGUGACCAUGCCUGAAUACCUUCAAAAGAGAUUUGGAGGGGAACGGAUUCGAAUGUAUUUAUCUGCACUUUCACUGCUGUUGUCUGUAUUCACCAAGAUAUCUACAGAUUUGUAUUCAGGAGCCUUGUUUGUGCAAGUGUGCCUUGGAUGGAAUCUCUACUUGUCGACAAUUCUGAUGCUGGUCGUCACUGCUCUCUAUACCAUAGCAGGUGGCCUGGCUGCUGUUAUCUACACAGACACACUCCAGACAGUCAUCAUGAUCAUUGGAACUGUGAUACUAACCAUUGCAGCUUUUAACAAGAUUGGAGGGUACCACAACCUGGAAAGUGUAUACCUAAAGGCAGUUCCAACAAAGAUUAUUCCCAAUACAACGUGCCAUCUCCCCAGGGCAGAUGCCAUGCAUCUAUUCAGAGAUCCAGUGACUGGAGAUCUCCCAUGGACUGGCAUGAUCUUUGGAUUGAGCAUCCUGGCGACAUGGUAUUGGUGCACAGAUCAGGUAAUUGUGCAACGGUCACUAUCUGCAAAGAAUCUGAGCCAUGCAAAGGGUGGCUCAAUACUGGCAAGCUAUCUCAAAAUGUUGCCUAUGAUUUUCAUUAUAAUGCCCGGGAUGAUCAGCCGUGCCCUCUAUCCAGAUUCAGUUGCCUGUGUUGAUCCUGAAGAAUGUAUAAAGGUGUGUGGCACUGAAGUGGGAUGUUCUAACAUUGCUUUCCCAAAACUUGUGAUUGAGCUGAUGCCUGAUGGUCUACGUGGACUUAUGAUUGCAGUAAUAAUGGCUGCUCUCAUGUCAUCUCUGACAUCAAUAUUCAACAGCAGCAGUACACUGUUUACAAUAGACAUCUGGAGAAAGAUUCGGAAGGAUGCCAGUGAACGGGAAUUACUGCUGGUUGGAAGGAUUGUGACGGUGAUACUGGUCGCAGUAAGCUUGGUAUGGAUCCCAAUAUUGCAGAGUGCUAACAGCGGGCAACUCUUCAAUUAUAUUCAAUCGGUGACCAGCUAUUUAGCUCCUCCUGUAACUGCAGUUUUUGUUCUUGCUGUGUUUUGGAAACGAACUAAUGAACCUGGUGCAUUCUGGGGCCUAAUGGUUGGACUAGCAGCUGGCCUGGUGCGAAUGGUCAUGGAAUUUGUGUAUCCCUCGCCACGGUGUGGAGUGUAUGAUCUAAGGCCAUCACUAUUGAAGAAGGUUCACUACCUCCACUUUGCGGUUAUUCUGUGCACCCUUACGGCUCUAAUCGUCGUGGUGAUCAGCCUGCUGACAAAGCCUCCUCAUGAAAGCCAGUUGAAAAAUGUAACAUGGUGGACAAUUUCACAAGAGAGAAGGCAGCCUGACAUCAUCCUUCAAAAGGUAUCUCCAGAAAGGCACGCCUGGGACAACAGAAUUGAAGGUGCUGAGGAGGCUGUAGAACAGAAAUGGUCAUGGAUUAACCUAUUCUGUAGUAUUAAGACAAGCAGAGAGAACAUGCCUGUACAAUGCAACCUCUCUGAAAUCCAUGAGAAGCCAUUCUGGUCGCGAGUGUGUUGUAUAAAUGCAAUCAUUCUCAUGUGUGUGAACAUUUUCUUGUAUGCGUACUUUGCUUGAUAAAAGAAAUUACCUGAAAGACGAUGGGAUGAAAGAGUUUGUGAUGUGAUAUAUAUAGAAAGAAAUUUCAGUGGUAUAUGCAGAACAAUUGAUUUCACAUUUGUUCCCUCACAACUGCUGUGUUCACUGUUUCUAUAAUUUCCUGCAGCCCUCCAAGAUGAAUCCAACUUUGGCGUCCUGAAUGUUAACAAUUUGAGUUGCUCCAUCAUUGGCAGUAAUGCAUUCUGUUGCCUUGGCCCUCAUCUUUUAGAUUCUCUCUCUAAACCUCUCUGCCUUUGCAUCUCUCCCUAAAAUGUGCCUCCUCAACAAAGCUUUUGAUUGCCUGUCCCGUUAUCAUCUUAUGCAGAUCAAUGUCAAAUUUUGUUUGAUUGUGCUUGAUGUGAUGUUUCACUGCACUAAAGGAGCUAUGUAAACACAAGUUGUUGUUGUUGUUGUGCUGUACCUACUCUUUGAGGCCCUAAAUUUUUAGUCCCAUAAGGAUCAUGAGGAUCAAUGGUCGGCACAACAUUGUGGGCUGAAGGGCCUGUUCUGUGCUGUACUGUUCUAUGUUCUAUGUUCUAUAAACUGACAAUUAACACAUUGUUUUAAAUGGUAAAUACUGACAAGAAAACCUGUCAGAAAAUGCAAGAAAUAUGCAACAGGUCAAUAAGCAUCUGUGACGCUUCUGGUGUGUGCCCUGUAUAUUUUAAUUUCAGAUUCCCGUGUUUUUAGUCUUAAUCUUACUGUUCCCAUGUGAUGUGGAUGACAUGUGUAAUUAUUAAAAUUAAC